GUCAUUUCAAAAUUGGAUUCUAAGGCAACCUUAGAGAGAGAACCCUAGAGAGAAGGAAUUCGCUGGAGUGCCGGAGUGCCGCCGUUGACGAAAGUAUUGCCCGUUCCGCUGACCGACUCUGCUCACUCGGUGAACAUCUUCGAAGCUUUGAUUGCAAUGGCCAAAGUGAGCGUUUUCACCGUUCUCAGUCAUUUAACCGUUCUUUUGGGAACUCUUUAGUUGUUGUUCGUGUCAUGGAAGAACUUGGUGAACAGAGUAAAGCUUCUCAUACGAGGAAGAAGGUGUGUUCUUAGUCACCCUGAUGUUGUUGCCCUUGAAGAAUGGAUUAGCACAAAAGGUUUUUUCACUAAGGAAAGCUUUAUCCCAAAAUUGCAUAUUCCAUGUGAUGAAGAAAUUCAUUUUGCAAAUGAGCUAAUAGACAUUCACUUCUAGUCAACUUUGGAUGAUCAGUUGAAAAUAUGCCAGUCUAAAAUCCAUGCAGACCAAGAUAAAUCUUAAUUUACAAGAUGAGCGGAUAAAGGUGCUGCAAGAGAAGCUCUCCACUGUAGAGGAGAAACUGCAGGUUUCUGACAUAUCUGCAAAUGAGACAAGAACAAAAUUUGAAGGUCAACAAAAGCUUGUACAUGAGUUGCAAAGGCGUUUGGAAGAUGCAGAAUAUAAAGUUACAGUAGGGGAGAAACUGAGGAAAGAAUUGCACAAUACGAUUUUGGAACUGAAAGGGAACAUCUGUGUGUUCUGUAGAGUACGACCUUUGUUACCUGAUGAGGCUUGUAGCACAGAAGGAAAGGUUAUAUCUUAUCCCACAUCGAUGGAAGCAUCUGGACGGGGCAUCGAAUUGACACAAAGUGGAGGAACUGCAACAGGUUAGGGAGCAAUAUGUUUGUGAAUGGAUUUUGGAUAUGGACAAUGUGCGGAAGAAUUAAGUGUUGCAAGAUUUAGGCAUUUUGUAGAAUGUUGGGGAAUAAUGAUUUUUGCAAAGUUAUUUAUUGUUUGUUAAGAACUUUUUCAAUAUGUAUUGAUGUUGAUUGUACAUAUUUGUUCUUAAGAAUGUUGAAAGAAAAGUAGUUGUUACAUUUAUUGUUAA